AUGGGCUGGUUACCCUGGUCUUCCGGCGAGUCAAAGAAGAAUGAAGCCUCCGACGGCGGCCGCAUUGCCCCAGACCGAACAAGUCGCGCACGCUGCUGGGAAAGCCGGGAUUUAUUCUUUGCUUGUUUAGACAAGAAUGAUAUCCUGGAUGGAAUCAAGGAGGACAAGAAGGCGCGACAGAAGUGUGCGAAAGAGGUCGAGGAGUUUGAGGCUGCUUGUUCACAGAGCUGGGUGAAAUACUUCAAGGAGAAGCGCGUGAUGGAAUACAACCGGGAUAAGACGAUCGAGCGGAUUCAGAAGGAGGACGCGGCCAAGGUGAAGGAAUUGAAGUCGCAGGGCUGGGGAUCUAAGUAA